AUGGGUCUCCUGUCGGACGCCAUCAAGGAAGACCAUCGUGAGCUCGAGGCCUACCACAAACACAUCGUCACGUCCACCGAUAUAGACGAGCAAGCACGCUUUCAGAACCUCUUCGUUUGGGAGCUCGCCCGUCACGCCAUCAGCGAGGAGCUCGUCAUCUAUCCAGCCCUAGAGAAGGAGGUGUUUGACGGCAAGGCCCUCGCCGACAGAGACCGCACAGAACACCAGGCUGUCAAGGAGAAGCUAUAUGAGUUCCAAAACCUCGAUUCCCAAGACGCAGCCUUCGAGCCCACGCUCGAGUCUCUCAUGAAGGAUCUCCGACGUCACAUCAAGGAGGAAGAGGAGGAUGACCUGGUGCGGCUCGAGGAGGCCCUGGGCAGCGACAGGUCGAAGGCCAUGGCGUCGAGCUUCGAGCUUACCAAGCGGUUCACGCCGACGCGGAGCCACCCGUCCGCCCCGGACAAGCCGCCGUUUGAGACGGUGGUCGGGUUGAUGGCGGCGCCGUUGGAUAAGCUGAGGGACAUAUUUGCCAAGUUUCCGACGGAGGAGGAGAAGGCCAAGGCGAAGGGCGAACUCUGA